AUGGAGUUUGCAGAGUCCAUUCUAUGGGCUCGGGAUCUUUUCUGCCUUGAAGAAAGGCUACACUCGACUCCUGAUUCUCGCCUUUCAACCAACACACAGGAUGCGUACGAGGGAACUAUCUACACCGUGCAGAAGGGCGAUACUUGCGAGUCUAUUUCAAAGGCCAUGUCCGUGGCAACUGACAGGCUGACUGAAAGGAACGGUCUGACAUAUACUUGCUCUGACCUGCUCGAGGGGAGGAAUCUCUGCAUAGAGGAUACCUGCGAGAUUGCGAGGAUCGAGCAAGGCCAGGCUUGUCAAGACUUUGUCAAGUGGAAGUGGUUUAGCACGAUCCAACUUCAGUCAUGGAAUCCAGAAGCCCUCGUGUCCGCCAAGCCAUCGAAAACCACAGCGAACCCAGCGCCUGUCACUACAACAGAGCCUUUGAAACUGUACAAGACUCACCUGCCAAAGAUCGACAUCAACCCCAACGCUGCAAACUCGAAAGCAGAGUUUCUCAAAAAAACCAUCUCCAACGGCGCCGUCCUCUAUUCCCGAGACAUGUACACCAAGGAGCGACGUUGA